GUCAAAUUUCGCAAAAGUUUUGUUUUGCUAAAUUUUGUUACUCAAAAAUGCAAAUAGUAUUUUGGUCUGUGAAAUGUCCAGUAUGAGAAAAUUAAUAAAAAUAAAGUCUUAAUUAUGUGUAUACAUGUAAUAUGUUAAAGAAGAAAAGGUUAUUACAGAACAUCUAUUCGAGAUAUUUAUCUUAACCUGAUACUAUGUUACGAUUACUGGUUUUGAGGGGUACGCUCGGGAAAAACACCCAAAUAAGAAGGAAAUCGUCUAGCAGUGAAAUACGAGAUACAUAUGUAGAGUACUUCGUAGAGAAACAUGGCCAUAAACACAUUAAAUCCAGUUCAGUUGUGCCCUUAUGUGACCCAACUGUGCCCUUUGUAAAUGCUGGCAUGAACCAGUUUAAGGGUGUGUUCCUUGGUGUGGUAGAAGCUCCUUGUACUCGAGCAGUGAACUCCCAGAAGUGCGUGAGAGUAGGUGGCAAACAUAAUGAUUUGGAGUUGGUUGGCAUGGACGGGCAUCAUCAUUCAUUCUUUGAGAUGCUGGGGAAUUGGUCCUUUGGAGAUUAUUAUAAGAAGGAUGCAUGUCAAAUGGCGUGGGAACUCCUCUUGGGUCCAUACAGAUUGAAGCCAGAAAAUCUUUUAGUGACUUACUUUGCUGGUGAUGCAGUUAUUGGCCUGGAAGAAGACAAAGAGUGCAGAGACAUUUGGAAACAGAUUGGAGUGCCUUUAAGUCGCAUCAAAGCCCAUGGUGCUAGGGACAACUUCUGGGAGAUGGGCCCCACCGGUCCCUGCGGGCCCUGCACAGAGAUACACUACGUGCAUCCGGAUGGGAGUCUCACAGAAAUAUGGAAUAUCGUCUUUAUUCAGUGUAACAGAGAAGCCGACGGCAAAGUGACAGGGCUGCGAAAACAACACGUAGAUACCGGUAUGGGACUCGAACGGGUGGCAGCCCUGCUACAAGGCGUGCCCACAAACUAUGACACUGAUUUGUUUCAACCUCUCAUUGCUGCUAUACAAAAGAAUAGUAAAGGUGUGUUGGCGUACAGCGGUAGCUACAACGCUGACGCAGCGUUGGACCAGGCCUACAGACGGCUGGCGGACCAUGCGAGGAUGAUCAGCGUGUGCCUCGCCGAUGGCGUGUUUCCAUCCACGAGUCUUAACCUGAAACAGAUAAUGCGCAAAUCUUUCAAAAUAAGCACAGAUGUCUUCCAAAACCCCGACCUACUCUCGAUCCUAUACAACGAAGUGAGAAACACUUUGGGGGAGACUUACCCCGAACUGGUGUCGAAGGAAAAGGAAGCGAAGCUUAUUAUAGAACACGAGAGGGAGGGUUAUGCAAAAUUGAGGACUACCCUUAAAAAGAAGUGGAGGGAUUUGGUACAAGGUCACCCCGAAGUGGCAGCCCUGCAUGAUGUUGAGAUUGCGGGCUUCGCUCUGGGUUACAAGGAACUGAAGGAGACCAUGUCAAGAAUAAAAUCUAAAAUGAUACCCGGAGAAUUAGUAUUUAAACUAUACGACACGCACGGUUUUCAAGAAGACGUCAUCCAGAGGAUAGCAAAACUCAAUAACUUGGAAAUAGACAAAAAGGGCUUCUGGAAACUUCUAGCCGACCACAGAUCGAGACACAAAACUGCAUUCAAAGAACAGACCUCUAAAAAAGGAACGUUAUUCGACAAAGCUAUAGAUAAGUUACACGAAGGCGGCAUCAAAAAGACCGACGAUAAUCCGAAAUACGAUUUAAAACAAUCGAACAACCAAAUUACCUUAAAAAAUUUAAACACUAAGUUAGUAGCCAUAUUAAAUGAAGACUGCGAAUGGAUAGACUUUUCCGAGCCAAGCGAAAAUCGCCCUUAUUACCUAGUGACCGAACGCACAAAUUUCUACUGCGAGGAAGGUGGCCAAAUCGCGGACGAGGGCCAAGCGUAUUUCAACGAAGACGUAGGUUUCAAAGUCGAAAGCGUUUUCAAAAUACGUGACAUUGUCUUCCACAAAGGACACUUUGUUUUGAAUAGAAACUGCGACGAAAAUAGUUUGUAUCAAACGAGUUUUUAUAUAAAUGUUGGACAGAACGUCAGUUUGGAAGUGGACAGUGUCAAGAGGUUAAAUGUUAUGAGGAAUCACUCGGCGGUACAUUUGUUGAACGCAGCGAUUAGGAAAGUGUUAAGGCAUAGUGUGGUGUGCCAGAUUGGAUCGAGUGUCACAGACAAGGGCCUGUCUUUGAACCUGUCAGUUUAUGGUGAGAAGCUGUCGCCGAAGGUUGUCUUGGACGCUCAGCAGUUGGUGCGUGAGGCCAUUGAGUCGAACGCGCCAGUGGUCACACAAGUCCUGACCAGUACACAAUUGGCAAUACAAGCGCCAAAUGUCCUGACAGUGCCCGGGGAGACCUACCCUGAGUCCGGCAUCCGGUUGGUUUCCAGCGCUCCACCUUUGAUAUCAAGGGAGUUGUGUUGCGGGACGCACGUUCCGGCGGCGGGAGUGAUCGGAGAGUUCUGUGUGACGCAAGUGAAAGGCGCAGGGGGAAACUCUCCACUCCUAUACGCACUCACUGGAGAUUCGGCUGCACAGGCGAGGGAGUUGUACUGCCGCGCGCAGAAGCUCGCCGAAGUGAUCGAUCUGGCUGACCCCGAUCGGGUAAAGGACGAAGUGACGGCCAUCAAGCGGGCAUUGUCCGAACUGACCGGCACAGCCGGCGCGCCUUACGGGGAAUACGCGGAUUGCCUGCAGUUGCUGAUCAGCUUGACGAAGAAGGCUACUACGAAUAAGAAUGAUUUGGCUUUGCAAGCAAUAGCACAGGCGGAGAUCGCGGAAUGUUGCGAGGAGGCGCGUCGCUCGGGACGGAGGUUCGCGGUGCAUUUCCUGCGCUGCUCCUACCUGAUGCAGAGCGAGACGGUGCGGGGCGCGGUCAGCGCGGACCAGACUCUGCCCACUUUGCUGCUGGGCUGCGCGGGCGGGACCGUGGUCGCUGCUGCCAGAGUGCCACUGGAAAUGGUAACAUCGAGUUUCACGGCGGAAAAGUGGCUUUCUUGCUUACUGCCCAUCUUCAAAGCUAGCACACUGCCGGCGACCGGCGACCGCUCCGUACUCACUCACGCAGAGAUGACUGAUACUAAGGUGAGCCUCAUCAACUGCGAACAGCUGGUGCAGGACGCGAUGCGUGUUGCGAUCAAAUAUGCGCAGGCGCAUUACAGGCACGCGGGCGGCUCCGCCAAGGACAGGCAGGUGGAAGAGGAUAGGCAACACGAUCGUGUAUAGAAGCAUAUGAGGACCACGAGAAAAUUCUAGAACAUGGAGGGAAUUAACUGUAGUAUUGGUUACAAACUUGCGGGAAGCUGAGAUGUUAUAUAAACGUGUAUCAAUUUCUGUGCAGAGUUCGAGUUAUCUGUUUUGCGUUUUUCUUUAAGUAGUAGAAUACUUUUAGGUAGUUCCCAUUAAAAUUACAAUAAGUUAGUUUAUUAAAUUAUAUCAGUCGUGCCUCCUUAUAAUAUAUGACACCUAAACUCACCGAUAGUUGUUUCUCAAUUAAGCUAGAAUUAUAACAAUUAAUUGAUCAAUUUUUAUAAUUGUAGCUACUAAAACAAAAUGUUUAAUAAAAAAGUCUUAAAAAAUGGCCACCACCAUUCCAAAGUCUUAUUCAAAUUCAAUGACAACUUUUUUUUUUCUUAUAAUGUAAACGAACUUAAUAUUUUAGUGUAAA